AUGGGAUUCAACAAGACACACUUAUCAAGAAUGCUUGGCGUCUCAACUCGCACUAUUACUAGACGGAUGACCGAGUACAACUUAGUAGGUGUGCAGUAUUCUGAGCUUACAGAUCAGGACCUGGAUCGGAUUGUGAUUGACGUUCAUAGACAGUUUCCAAACGCUGGUUACAGACAAGUGCUAGCUAUUCUGAAAAGUCAAGGUGUUUUUGUUAUAGAACGCCGACUUAGGGAAAGUCUUCAAAGAUGUGAUCCAUUAGGGUCAGCUUUGAGAUGGUUUGCUACGAUUCAGAGACGGAGUUACAAUGUGAGUAGUCCUCUGGCACUUUGGCAUUUAGAUGGAAAUCAUAAGCUGAUCAGGUAUAAAGUAUAUUUAUAAUAAUUCAUAAAAUGGGAGACUAGUACUGUUUGUACUUGAAAGACUUGAAAUUGUAUUGUUUUCCUGAAGUCCUGGCCAAAAGGUUUAAAGAAAAUUACAAUUUUCUCACAGUUACUCCUAUUAUUUUGGUAGACAUUUUCCUGCCAUUUCCGUAUACACACGCAUGUGGUUUAUGUUUGACAUGUGCUUGGUAUUGGUGACAGUUGCUAGUAACAUUAACCUCCAUAUUGCAGCAGCUAUUACCACUUAAACUUCCUAUUAUAAAAAUCCAGUUGGCAAAAUGGCAGUCUGUGAUGGAUUUUCACAUUUUGCUCUGGGGUGCUGAAUUAUUUUUUUUUAUGGUGGGGGGAGGGGAGCCUACAUGUGCAUAGAGUAUCUAAAUUUGCAGUACAAUUUAGGUGGCGACUUGUUGUACAUGGUGCUAUUGAUGGGUACUCACGCUUGGUUGUAUUUCUGCGAUGCUCUAAUAACAACCGAGCUGUAACUGUUUUUCAACUAUUUGAAGAAGCUGUUGCCAAAUUUGGCCUACCAUCUAGAAUUCGAACUGAUAAAGGAGGUGAAAAUGUAGAUGCCGCAAUGUACAUGCUUGAGCAUCCACGAAGGGGUACAGGGCGAGGAAGUGUCAUUACAGGUAGCAGCACUCACAAUCAAAGAAUUGAACGGCUUUGGAGAGAUGUGUAUAGUGGUGUUCUUUCUUUGUACCAUUCAUUGUUUAAUCAUCUUGAAGAAUGUGGCGUGCUUGAUCCAUUAAGCAACAUUGAUGUAUUUUCUCUCCAUACGAUCUUUCUUCCUCGAAUCAAUCGCCACAUUGAUGUCUGGAGCGAAGGAUGGAAUCAGCAUAGAAUGAGAACUGCUGGAAGUCUUUCUCCACUUCAACAAUUUACCGAAGGAUUGCUAAGGAUACGUGGUUCAGAUUCAAUUAUAGCUUCAGAAACAUUUGAAAAUCUAAAUCAGGUUGGUUAAUCUUACUUCCUUUAAAUUGACUGUAUUUAUAUUUAAUAUGCUUAUUGUGUAAUGUUAAAAACUCAACUAGCCAUCUUGUCCCAAUAGUGCUCAUCAUGAAAUGAACUGCAAAUUUUUAGGUAAAUAGACCUUAUGCAUAAUGAUGUCACAAGGCUUGAUAGCCGCGAGGAAUGCUGGUCUUAGUAGAUCCGGGCUUACGGAUCGAAAGCUUUGCAGUACUAAAUUUACGUGGUGUUUCCACAACUGACAAAACUAUUAUAAUAUAGAUAUAGUAAACGUCAUGUAAUGGAUACUAUAGUGUACUGUGUACUGCAAAGACAACUGGAACCUCCAUAUACAUAAUAUAUAUACAACAUAACCCUAUUAAAACCCAGCCCUAACUACUAACCCUAACCUAUAUUGCUGCACGAAACAUGGAACGAUAAGUCGAUAACCAAAUUUCGAUAGUGGCCAUUUUGAAUUGUUUAAUUUUCCUGGACGAUGAAUACUAAGACCAGCAUUCCUCGUGGACAUCAAGCCUUGUGACGUCAUUAUGCAUAAGGUCUAUUGGCUGUUGGAGACUCAAAUACACCUUUUAUGUUUUUGACAAAUGUCUAAAACCUGGUGUAUGUAUACAUUAAACACAAUGUUAAUAGAUCAUUACUUAACCAAACGCGAGGUCUGUACAGAGAAAUAUCAGGCCAAAGUCUUUUUUUACAGAUUGAGGUACAAAAAGACAGGUCCAAUGUUUCUCUGUGCACACCGAGCAAGCGAGGUUAAUAAAAAGUUUAUUAUAUGGCGUUUAUAGGCAUUUACUGUUUUCUUGAAACAAACAAGGAAACAUAUAACUUGAACUGCAUAUUAGUAGCAUGGUACACAAAGAAAACAAAAAAUACCAACGUAUUCCUUCUUUUCCACUAAAAACCAUUCGCAGAUAUCUUAUUAAUAACAAAUUAAAUUAUAAUUUUCAAAUUUUCAACUAGUUUUGCUGUUUUGUUUUUAAAUGCAUGCGUUUGUUUUACGUAAUGGACUGACAGUUCAUUAUGGGAAAAUAAUAAAUGGGCCACUGAAAGUGCUUCUCAGCCAAUCACAGUCCUCCAUUUCACCGGAAGGUGAUGCCUGCCAUAUAAUAAUAAAAAAUAUUGCAUGCUUACUUAGGAAGAUGAAAGGCAAUAUGGGGUUGACUGGGAUGGUCCUGUACCGAACAGUGAUGACAAUGAUAAAUAUUCUCAUGUUGAAGUCCCAAACACUGAAAUUGAAAUGACAGAAACUCAGAAAAUGCAUCUGAAUUCAUUAGUGCAAACCUUGGCAGACAGUGAUUGUUAUGGAAUUGAUUUAUACAUGCAAGUACGAAACUUCCUACUUAACCUGAAUUGA